CGCGCGCGCGCAGGGGGGUCGAGAGAGGGACCGAGGAGGCAGCCCGCAACAUAAAAUAAAAGCGAGGGGGUGGGGGUGGGGGGCGAGCGGGGAGAGGAAGCACGACUCGCCUUAUCGCGUCACUCCGGGUCGAGGCGAGAAGCAGGAAGCAAGCCUUUCCUCUCGGAUUGUCGCCCCAGGAACAAGCGGGCAAUUUAGUCCGCGCUCAAUGCGCCCCUCGGCCCAGAAGACGCGAAAGGCGGCCAGAAGGAAAGAUGCCUCCUCCGAUGGGGAUCGCUCUCGUGCUCCUCGGCGCGCUCGCGGCUUCUUCUCCGGAGGCGCGCCGGAGCGUCGGCGCGCCGCGCGUCCAGCGGCAAUUCUACGCCCCGAACCGCACCAAUAAUUUCGCGGUGGAGCCGGCGUCCGGCAGGGUGUACGUGGCCACCGUCAACAGCCUGUACCAGCUGGACGCCGCCCUGCGCGUGGAGGCGCACCGGAGCACGGGCCCGGUGGAGGACAACCUGUUGUGCCACGCGCCGCAGCUCCCGCAGGCUCCGUGCCAGCACCCCAAGUCGCUGACGGACAACCACAACAAGCUGCUGGAGCUCGACCGGCGGCAGGGCGUCGUGGUGGCGUGCGGCUCCGUGUACCAGGGCUUCUGCGAGCUGCGCGAGCUCGCCAACGUCUCCCGGACGGCGGUGGAGUUCCCGCCCGCCGGCGAGAAGACCGUCUUCCCCAGCAUGCUCAACAUCGCCGCCAACCACCCGGACGCGUCCACCGUGGGGCUGGUCCUGCGCGGCGGCGGCGGCGGCGGCGGCGACGACACCCGGCUGCUGGUGGCGGCCACCUACACCGGCGCCGGCACGCGCUUCUUCCCCAAGAACCACAGCAAGGAAGACCUGCGCUUCGAAAACACCCCGGAAAUCGCCAUCCGCUCCUUCGACGUCGGCGACCUGGCCAGGCUUUUCACCUACGACAUCAACCCGUCCGAGGACAACGUGUUCAAGAUCAAGCAGGAGGCCAAGGCCAAAAACCAGCUCCACUUUGUGCGCGCCUUCCAUCACAAGACCUACUCGUACGUCGCCUUCAACAACGACGCCAAGACGGGCCACAAGGAGAGCCAGCCCAACAGCGUCCUGGCCAGGAUCUGCCUGGACACCGCCGGCCAAAAGCCCAACGGGCCCGAGAGCCGCAAGCUCACCGAGUCCUACAUCCAGCUGCCCCUCCAGUGCGGGCGCGACGGCGACAUUUACAACCGCCUCCUGUCCGUCUACCCGGCCGACGUCCGCGCCGAGGCCUUCCUCUUCGGGGUCUUCUCCAAGGGGGACCGCAGGACGGCUCUGUGCGCCUUCAAGUUCGCCGACGUCGAGGAGGAGAUCCGCCGAGGCCGCAGGAGCUGCUCCAACUCGCCCACCGGAGACGUCCAGGUGCUGGACAGCGUCAUCCAGGGCUCGGGGGCCGCCUGCGUCCAGAAGUGGAACCUGGUGGUAAGCGACUCUCGCUCUCCGUCAAACUUCCUCAAAUGCCGGAGAAACAAAAGCCGACCCCUCGAGG